UAGCCAACGUCAAGCCAAUGGAUGAAUAAUUUGAGGGGAGAGAGGGGAAAGGAGGAUUCAGGAAGGCAUUCUUCUCUCUGCUUGCUUGAAGUUGUGGAAGAGGAGAAGUUGGACAAGAAGGAAGAAGAAACAGGGGAAAGCAAAGCUCAACAUUUCUGAGAUCUGUGCGAGAUCAUUCACUACUUCGCAAUUCCGAAGUUUGAAGAUCGCCAUGCCAUUCUUGGCAAAUGACUGAUUAGUCAAACUCCGUUGCAAAUAUCUCAUAGAAGGCCCUUCUCGUAUCAUUUGAUUCAUUUCGGCUGCAGUUAUUUUAGCAUCCCACAGAGAGAAGAAGUUUCUUGAUGCAAACUUCUUAGCAACUUCAGAGUUCGGCAAGCAUGCAGCGAUUCUAUUACCAGCCGAUGCAAGGGAUGGAGCCUUACUACUCACCUCCUUUCCAAGUCAUACACAACGAUGCGACUUCAAGCCACGAGACUGGAAGUCAAGGGACUAAGUUUUCCUCCCAGGAGCAAUACUUCACCUUAGAGUCAUCUCCUGCUGCUUCGGGAUUUAUAGGUUACGACUCCCCAUCUGCUAUCAGUGGCUUGACCAGUCGGAGUCCAUUCUCCACGCAAGGCUCUCAGUCCUUCGUGUCAGACCCGCUUCACUCCUCCUCUGACAACCUUUAUGGGUCACCGAUCAGCGGAUCAUCGGUUGCUAAUGAAGAUAGCGAACAGUGGCACAAACUAAAAGAGCUGGAGAAUCUCUUGCUAGGGCCCGAGUCUGAUACAAGUGAUAGCAGUAACUGUUGCGUGACAAGCGGGGUCAACCACCACCUUAACUCAUAUGGGCGGUGGAAUCAGGCCCAGAUGAUGGAGAUCAUCCCAAGGUUAGACUUGAAACAAUUGCUUGAGCUGUGUGCGGAGAAAAUUUCAGAAUCUGAUACUCCAAUGGCAGCGACUAUGAUGGAGGAGUUGGAUAAGAAGGUUUCCGUCUUGGGUGGCCCAAUCGAGCGCCUUGGGGCUUACCUACUGGAAGGCUUGAAGGCAAGGUUGGAAUCUUCGGGGAGCUUGAUAUAUAGAAAGCUCAAGUGUGUGGAGCCGACAAGCAAUGAACUCAUGUCUUAUAUGUCAAUCCUUUACCAGAUAUGCCCGUACUGGAAGUUUGCUUAUGAGUCCGCCAAUGUCACAAUUUGGGAAGCCAUGAGGAAUGAGCCGAGGAUUCACAUAAUCGAUUUCCAGAUUGCUCAGGGGACCCAGUGGGUGUUCUUCAUGGAGGGUCUCAAGGCCCGUGGAGGUCAGCUUCCUUCAAUCCGAAUCACGGGGGUGGAUGACUCUCAGUCAGCUCACGCAAGGGGUGGUGGCCUUGAUCUUGUGGGCCGGAAGCUUGUGAAGGCCGCAGAGUCAUGUGGAAUCCAAUUUGAGUUCCACAAAUCUGCCAUGUCGGGUCACGAGGUCCAGUACGAGAAUCUCGGGCUUCAUCAUGGGGAAGCCAUUGCCGUGAACUUCCCCUAUGUUCUCCACCAUAUGCCGGACGAGAGCGUGAGCGUAGAAAACCACCGGGACAGGUUGCUUCGAUUGGUUAAGAGCCUGUCCCCGAAGGUAGUGACACUCGUCGAGCAAGAGUCAAAUACGAAUACAUCACCGUUCGUUCCUAGGUUCCGUGAGAUGUUAGACUAUUACUUGGCGAUGUUUGAGUCGAUAGACGCGGGGAGUUCCCAGGAAAGUUCGCUGGAUAGCAAGAAGAGGAUCAGCGCCGAACAGAACUGCGUUGCACGGGACAUAGUGAACAUGAUUGCCUGUGAGGGGCUCGAUAGGGUCGAGAGGCACGAGCUCCUGGGGAAAUGGAGGAUGAGGUUCUCGAUGGCGGGGUUCCAGCAGCUGAGGCUCAGUCCUUUUGUUACUGAAGCCAUUAGAGGUCUACUGCGAGGGUACAGCAGGAACUUCAAAGUCGAAGAGAGGGACGGGGCAUUAUAUCUCUGGUGGUUAAAUAGAUGUAUGGUCACUUCCUCUGCUUGGAGGUGAUAUUCCCAAGCACGGGCUCGAUAGGAUCAGCUGUAAAUUCUUCGUUUUUGCUUCUGCGGUAGUUCCCUUUCGUUUUCAGUUUCUCCAACAGUAGAGGUUAGCCAUAGCUAUAGUUUUUAUAGGAUCAUCAUCAAGUGAGGACUGUUUCAAGGCACGUUGAUAUAGAAAAACCUACAUGAAUGUGAUAAUGUGAGAAAUCUGCUGUAAAUCGUGGGAUUGGAAUGGAGCAGAUCGGUUCGGGUCAUACUGCAUUCUUAUUUCCGCGGUUUAAUGGAAAAGCCAAACUUCGUCGAAUUCA